ACAUUCAAGCUGAUGCAGCCCUGGCCGAACAUCUGUUUGGCUGUGAUAAUUGACUUCCUAUUGCAUACAGCUAGAUGAAUUGGUUCUUUAAACUGCAUUUAUAAUAAUAAGCUUUAGCGAAAAUAAUAAUGGAAGACGUUCCAAUGGGAAAUGAAACAAACUCAAACAGCAGCGAAUCGUUCAAUGAGACAGCAAGCCUGCAGCAGCAUCAUACACCAGAGUUUUUGCAACGCAAAAUCUACUUCCUAAUGGAUCAGCUUAAAGAAAUGCAUUCCGAGCUGCCAGAGACCCUGCAGACACGAAUAUCCUACGAUCUGCUCACCGAGCUGGCAAAUUGUGUUUUGAAUGAAAGCAUUUUCGAUAUAGUAAAAGCAUUAAUGGAACUGCAACAUGUAACGGAAAAGCAUUUAAUACAGAUGCGUGCGCAAGUAGAGAAUGAAUAUGAAAUCGAGGUUGCUGAUUGGCUUGUCAAGAUCAAAGAUCCAGAAGAACUGCAGCACAUACUUGGACUUAUGAAAAUUAAACAUACGAAAAAACUAUUGGAAACAGACAAGAAAAUAAUUGAAGUACUGGAUCAGAAGGUUCACGACCAACAAUCUAUGCUGCAAAAAGCAGGAGUUCCUGGGUUUUACAACACACAGAAUCCCAAGGAAAUCAAAAUUCAAAUGUUUUUAUUAGAUUUCAUAUUACGCCUGAGUCUACUGAAAUUCGAGCCGAACAAAUAACAAACAGUCUAAACUUUAUCAAUUAAAAGACUGCAGCCAAAUUCAUUAAUUGGCUUGUUACCAAUAACAAAAUACUAUUUAUAUACAUCAAUAAAAUUAUGUGUAGCUAAAUAUUUAUU